AUGGCGUUUUCUGCAUUUCAACUACGCUUUGUACAGCUGCUUCUAGUCGUGCUCGGGGUUGCAUUCAUUCUCUUCCAGCUGCGAUCGCUCACUCACAAGACAACCGCCCCCACCCAGCAGAUUGGGAGCGACCAUUGGGACAACUUUGAGGACAUCAGAAAUGAAACCCUUGGGGUUGAAAAGAUCUUCGCAAUUAACCUUGUCAGCCGGCCUGACAAGCGAGACAAUAUCGUUCUAGGAUCAUCUGUUAGCAAUUUCCACGUCGAAUGGAUCGACGGCGUGACUCCGGAUGAAGUAAAUGCUAAAUCAUAUCCAUAUAACUGGAAACAUGACCAAAAACCGACCGAAUACGCUGCCCGACGGGCGCAUGUCAACGCACUGCAGCGAGUUGUCCAGGAGGGAAUAGCAAGCGCUAUUGUCAUGGAAGACGAUGCGGACUGGGAUGUAUCAAUCAAGCUCCAGCUUCAGAGUUUCGCCCACGCAGUCCGAGCCCUCCAGCAGAAGGAUACCCAAGUCCCAACGAAGUCACCAUACGGCGACGACUGGGACAUCCUAUGGUUAGGCCACUGCGGCUUGUCAUGUAAAACUGAUAUGCCAUUUUACCUUACCCCGAAUGAUCCGACUAUCCCAAUGCCCCGUCACUUUCUCCCGCUGUGGCGCGACCCUCCGGUAUUCGAAGGCCACAAGAGACCAGAUCACAGUCGAUUAGCAUGCACAGCAAGCGAUGCAGUCUGCUCAUUGUUUUAUGCCGUGAGCUAUAGUGGUGCGCAACGGAUCCUCGCGGCCUUGUCGGUUAACCCGUCUGGUCUUGCAGAGGAGAUUGAUAUUGGUGCCCAGUUUGACGUCUCACUUGGACGCAUGUGUGGCAAUGGUUAUUUGCGAUGUUUUGCACCUUAUCCAUCGAUCACGGGCGUCUUCGAGCAGGGAGGACCUAGAUCAAAGUCUUCCGAUAUUCAUAAUGAGACUGGUGAGGACAGAGGCUUUUCUAGCUCGAGGGUGAUGUAUAGCACAAUGCUCAAUAUCAACCGUAUACUGAAGGGGGAACGGACCGUUCAUGCGACAUGGGAUGACGUGGAUGUGUUGGAUGUCAUUCCUGAGGAUAUCACAAUGGAUCAGGGGGCCAUUUACGGUGUCUAA